CUCCAUUACUGUAUGUUGGUGAUGACAUAUUAUAUCAUUUGUCCCAAAAACUUGUAAAAAAAAUUAAAGAGAGCUAUACAGAGUCUGAGUCUCCAUGGAAGAAACUAAUUGUGUGAGUUUGAAACUUCUGAUAGAUACAGAAAGCCAAAGAGUGCUUUUUGCAGAAGCGGGCAAGGAAUUCAUCGAUUUCCUCCUUCACAUUCUGGCACUGCCGCUCGGCACUUUCAUUCCGCUUUUUGAAAAGCAAGGAAUGUUGGGCAGCUUCGGAAACAUUUACGAGAGCAUUGACAAUUUACGUUGUAUUGAUGAUUACCUUCAACCAAACGUGGACAAGGAGACUCUCCUGAAAGCCAAAGUAGACAUCUCUGGAGUCCCUCUCCAACUCGAAAUGCCAAACGUUUUAUCAUCUGCGACAUCCAGGAAAUUGUAUAGGUGUCCUAGAGCCUCCUCAGGAUGUGACCUACAAGUGGCUUAUGACUCCACAGCAAUCUGUCCCUUGUGCCAGAAAGUAAUGGUACACGAGCUAUGCUUCGUAGACCCACCGAGCAAAAUGAGAGGGUAUGUGAAAGAAGGGGUUAAAUACAUGGUGAUGGAUGAUCUGGAGGUGAAACCCAUGUCCACCACCUCUACUUUCACUCUGCUUAACAAGUUUAAUGUCAAGGAAAUGGGGGCUCUUGAGGAGAAAGUAAUCGUUUUUGGCAUGGAUGAGGGUGUAAAAUUGCUCAAGGCUUCUCUCCAGUCUAAGAGUGUUCUAACUGAUGUCUUCCUCCCAAUCUUGAAUCAAGAAGUCAAAGUUAGGAUAAAGGCACAGUUAAGAACAAGAAGAAGAAGACAGAUGCAAGCAUUGAAGUGAAGAAUGUUUGAAGAAUUAGCUCAGGCAGAGAGGCAGAGAGGCAGAGCAAUGGAACAGAGUAUUGGAAGAAUAUACAUGAGGCUUGCUAAACGACUGAGAUACCUGAGUGCUAGUAUACGACUUGUAGUUUAGCUUUAAGUUAAUUAGAAGAUGUAAAGAUGGUCACGUGUAAUACUGGAAUUGGUUGGAUUGGUUGUUUAGAGUGGAUCCGUAUAAUGUGGAGUUAGUUAAGAGUUAGAUAUUUUGCUUCCUCGUGUGAGUUCUAGUAUAUAUACAUUGUACAAUUAGUUUUUGAUGAAUCAAUGCAAUUACAGAAAUUCAUUCUUCAA